GGUGGAAGGAUCGAGCUCCUUCUCUCGGAACUAACUUUCAUUUUCUCACUCUACCGGUUUGUCACAACGACGAGAUCUUACUCCGGAGCCAAAACGGGCCCUUCAUUCGGAUCUUUUAUUCCUACACCAGUUCGCGUCAUGUGUCGGGCGUCUUCGCCAUGAAGGGUACGAGCGAAGGUUCCCCCCCGGGUUCCAAGGCUCAGAUUUCCCAAUGCUCAAGUUCCUUGUCAGCUGGUUUCUCUCUUGUUCCAAGUCAAAAGAUAAAUUUAGACACAUUAUCCUGAGCCAGAUCGAAAAUGCAGCCGACGAGCCAAGAGUACUGUGCAUCGUGCAAGACACCACCAGCUGCAAGAACAUAAACGAACGAAUCACGUUAAACCUCCCAGCGUCCACCUCCGUCAAGCAGCUGUACGAAGAUGUGUCCAGCAAAGCGGGCUAUGUCUCCGGGACGUUCAGUCUGAUGUGGGGGAAUGGAGCCAGCAACAUGGUCGACAUGGCAGCGCUGGAUCCAACCCCAGACAGGACUUUGCAAGAGGCCGGCUUUGAAGCAGGAAAGAAGAACUUCCUUCAUUUGACGGAUAAAAACGGCGAGCAGCCACAGCUCACAUCAGAUGAGUCGGGGACAGCAGACAGCAGUGGGCUCGAUGACAGCACGCAGGAGAAAUUCAUUGGACCCCUCCCGAGAGAAGAGUCUGUGGCCUGCACGAGCGACUAUGUCAGCCAGAACUACUCCUACUCCUCUCUUCUCAGCAAGUCCGACACCGGUUACGUGGGCCUGGUAAACCAAGCGAUGACUUGCUACUUGAACAGCCUGCUGCAAACCCUCUUCAUGACCCCAGAGUUCCGCAAUGCGCUGUACAAGUGGGAGUUUGAGGAGUCAGAAGAAGACCCGGUCUCCAGCAUCCCCUACCAACUGCAAAGACUCUUUGUUUUACUGCAGACAAGCAAAAAGCGAGCGAUAGAAACCACAGAUGUGACUCGCAGCUUUGGCUGGGACAGCAGUGAAGCCUGGCAGCAGCAUGACGUACAGGAACUGUGCAGGGUCAUGUUCGAUGCUUUGGAGCAAAAGUGGAAGCAGACGGAACAGGCUGACCUCAUCAAUCAGCUGUACCAGGGAAAGCUAAAGGACUAUGUGAAAUGCUUGGAGUGUGGCUAUGAAAGCUGGAGGAUUGAUACGUUCCUCGAUAUCCCGCUGGUCAUCCGGCCGUUUGGCUCUAACACGGCAUUUGGUAGUAUGGAAGAAGCACUUCAAGCAUUUAUUCAGCCAGAAACCCUAGAUGGACCCAAUCAGUACUUCUGUGAGCGAUGCAAGAGGAAAUGCGAUGCACGGAAGGGUCUGAAGUUCCUGCAUUUCCCAUACCUCCUUACUCUGCAGCUCAAGAGGUUUGAUUUUGAUUACACCAGCAUGCACAGGAUCAAACUGAACGACCGUAUGACUUUUCCCGAUGAGCUAGACAUGAGCCCAUUCAUAGAUGUGGAAGAUGAGAAAUCUCCUCAGACGGAUAGUUGCACGGACAGCGGCGCCGAAAAUGAAGGCAGUUGCCACAGUGACCAAAUGAGCAACGAUUUUUCUACUGAUGACGCAGUUGAUGAAGGAAUCUGUCUGGAAACAAACAGCAAUAUUGAAAAGCUGAAUAAAUCUGUAUCGGAAAAGAAUUCUUUGUAUGAACUUUUUUCCGUGAUGGUCCAUUCAGGAAGUGCUGCGGGGGGACAUUACUACGCCUGUAUAAAAUCCUUUGCUGACGGCCAGUGGUACAGCUUCAAUGAUCAGCACGUGAGCAGGAUAACACAGGAGGACAUUAAAAAAACUUAUGGUGGGUCUACGGGAAAUCGCGGAUACUACUCCAGUGCCUUUGCUAGCUCUACAAAUGCAUAUAUGCUGAUGUACAGAUUGAAGAACCCAGCUAGAAAUGCAAAAUUCCCCGAAGCAAUCGAAUUUCCUGAGCACAUAAAGCUUCUCGUGCAAAAGGAGCAAGAACAGGAAGAGCAGGAAAAGCGCCAGCGAGAGAUUGAACGCAAUACAUGCAAACUGAAGCUCUUCUGCAUGCACCCGGUCAAGCAGAUCAUGAUGGAAAGUAAACUUGAGGUUCAUAAAGAUAAAACCAUGAAGGAAGCCGUUGAGAUUGCGCACAAGCUCAUGGACCUGGAAGGUGUGAUUUCUCUCGAUUGCUGCCGCCUAGUGAAGUACGAUGAAUUCCAUGAUUACCUGGAGCGCUCCUAUGAAGACGAAGAGGACCGGACGAUGGGAUAUCUGCUGGGGGGCGUCAAAUCCUCUUAUAUGUUCGACCUGCUGUUAGAAACCAAGAGACCGGACCAAGUAUUUCAGUCCUAUAAGCCUGGUGAGGUCAUGGUGAAAGUCUACGUGGUCGACCUAAAGACAGAAACUGUGGCUCCACCCGUCAGCGUCCGCGCCUAUCUCAGCCAGACGAUCAUCGAGUUCAAGCAGCUCAUCUCCAAGAGCGUCGAUUUGCUGCCGGACACGAUGCGCGUCGUCCUGGAGAGAUGUUACAACGACUUGCGCCUUUUAAACGUCGCAAAUAAAACCCUUAAAGCCGAAGGAUUCUUCAGAAGCAAUAAGGUGUUUGUGGAAAGCUCCGACUCGCUAGACUACCAGCUGGUUUUUACCGACUCUCAUCUGUGGAAGCUCUUGGACCGCCAUGCCAAUACCAUCAGGCUUUAUGUCUCGUUACCCGAGCACACCCCUCAGACGGCAAGGUCCGUCGGUCCGAAAGGCGGCGGGGAUUCAAAUCUCUCUGAAGACUACUGCAGCAGGGUAAAAGGCAAUGUUAAAUCGGUGGACGCCAUUCUGGAAGAGAGCACGGAGAAACUAAAGAGCCUUUCUCUUCAGCAGCACCAAGAUGGCGGCAACGGGGACAGCAGCAAGAGCACGGAGGGGAGCGAUUUUGAGAACAUUGAUUCGCCAUUAAAUGAGGCGGAUUCCGGGUCAGCCGACAACAGAGAACUGGAAAACCGAAUCUUGCCGGCUGACCCAGAGAACAACUUUCAGCCGGAAGAGCGAUCGGACUCUGACGUGAAUAACGACCGGAGCACUAGCUCCGUGGAUAGCGAUAUCCUCAGCUCAAGCCAUAGCAGCGAUACGUUGUGCAACGCCGACAGCGCCCCCAUCCCCCUCGCCAACGGACUCGACUCCCACAGCAUCACCAGCAGCAGGAGGUCCAAAGCCAACGACGGCAAGAAAGAGACCUGGGACACUGCCGAGGAGGAUUCUGGGACAGAUAGCGAGUACGACGAGAGCGGCAAAAGCAGGGGAGAGGCACAAUAUAUGUAUUUUAAAGCAGAGCCCCAUGCUGGGGAGGGAUGCUUAGGGGAAGGAAAUAAAUGCCUCCUGGUAAGCGUCGAUAAAAGGAUCACCUUAGCUGCCUUUAAACAGCAAUUGGAGUCUUUCGUGGGGGUGUCCUCCUCCCAGUUUAAAGUUUUCCGGGUCUAUGCCAGCAAUCAGGAGUUUGAGAGUGUCCGGCUCAAUGAGACGCUUUCUUCUUUUUCAGAUGACAACAAGAUCACUAUCAGACUAGGGAGAGCGCUGAAGAAAGGAGAAUACCGUGUCAAAAUCUUUCAGCUUUUAGUAAACGAGCCUGAGCCAUGCAAGUUCCUGUUGGACGCAGUGUUUUCUAAAGGAAUGACCGUACGGCAGUCUAAAGAGGAGCUGUUGCCGCUUCUCAGGGAUCAGUGUGGGCUUGACCUUUCUAUAGAUAGGUUCCGCCUGCGAAAGAAAACGUGGAAGAACCCAGGAACUGUAUUUCUGGAUUACCACGUUUAUGAGAAUGAAAGUAUUUCAAGCAGCUGGGAGGUUUUCUUAGAAGCUCUGGAUGAAACAGAGAAAAUGAAGUCCAUGUCACAGCUUUCCCUGUUUACAAAGAGGUGGAGGCCAUCGGAGCUAAAGCUGGACCCCUUCAAGGAAAUUGUCAUGGAAAGCAACAGUGUGGAUGAGUUAAGAGACAAGAUUUGUGAUAUAAGUGCUAUACCCUUGGAGAACCUAGAGUUUGCUAAGGGCCGAGGCACGUUCCCCUGUGACAUUUCAGUUUUGGAGAUCCAUCAGGAUUUGGACUGGAACCCUAAAGUUUCCACGCUGAAUGCUUGGCCGCUGUACAUUUCAGACGAUGGAGCAGUCAUAUUUUACAGAGACAAAAUGGAGGAGUUGGUGGAACUGACGGACGAGCAGCGAAACGAUCUGGCGAAGAAGGAAAGCAGCCGCUUGCAAAAGACCGGCCACCGCGUAACCUACUCCCCCCGAAAGGAAAAAGCACUAAAAAUCUACCUAGACGGGCCGUCCAAUAAGGAUUCAUCGCAAGACUGACAUUGGCCCCAAGCCCGCACCUGAACUCUUAUGGGGGGGUUUUUUAAUUAUGUUUUUUUUUUUUCCAAAACCGGUCGCCGAGUAGGGGCCACUUUGUCGGACACUCAGCAAGUGUGACGCAACGACACCAGCACUGAUUGGUGGGACUGUCAGCCAACCAGCAGCCCUCUGGCUUUCGGAGGUCUUUUGGAAUCCUUUCUUCUGCACUAUGGUCGCUAAAGCUGUAAAGUGAAAAGGGAUGUGCAAAUGCAAAUAAAAAAAUAUAUAUAUAAAUAUAUAUAAACGUAAGAAACGCGGAGAGAGAGGGGUCUGCGCGCACCCGUCGCCCUCGCUUCCCCCCCCAAUGCGCUUAGUAUUCCGGGGGCCCCGAUGGAAAGGUCAGACGGCCCGGGUUUUUUAUGUUUUUCAGAGCUGAUACACACAAUUACCUCAAUGAACUUGUAGAAAUGAUAAAUAGCGAGGGCACCGCGGCGAGCGAGACGGGGGGACGUGUAGGCCUUAGUAUGUAAUUAAUAUAACGAGCUGCUGUACCAAUCAGAACUUCCUUCUGUAUACAAGCAGGUUCUGGUACCUUUCUUUGCGCCGCCGCCGCCACUGCUCCUACUGAAGUACCGAAUCUGGCGGGGACGGCCAAUCAGAGUGUAAAUAGACUUCCGCUCCCGUCCAAUAGCUGAGCAGCUCGGCUGGUUUUCUAUCCCACAUCGAACACUGUGUCCAUCGGGAAUACGUAGCUGCCUCCGUACCGCGCUUCGACCCCACUUUCCGCAACGUUGAUUGGGCGCCACGCUCUGCCAUACGGAGGGUCCCGUGUUUUUUUUUUUCCUGGUACCACAGAGAUCUAUAUAUUUGCUUAGUCGUUGAUUUUGGGAUUUUUUUUUUUGUAUAUUUUGUUUUUUUUUCCUGAUUAUUUUAGUUUUUUUUUCCACUCCACGCAGUUUCCGUUUUGAAUGCCGUAGCAAUACCCGCGUGCCCAGGACAGAGCUGCGUAUGAUCAUCGGCCGCGCUCGGGCGUCAUAACAUUUCCGCAGUAACAUAAUUGCCAUGUAAUUUAUAAGAAAAUCAGUCCAAGGGUUUGAUACAUUUUUUUUUUCCAUGCCGGAUGCUGUUUACAACACUGAACAUGCCAAUAAAAAAUAGAAAUAUUA